CUGAGAUUAGAAUUGAAAUCAAACAUGAUCGAGGAUAAUCCAUUCAAAAAAAAAUUAUUGACGUUUUAGUUGUGUGCGCCAAAUAAGCAAUAUGUAUUCAAUAUUAUUCAAAAUUUGUUUUUUUUUAUUUAGCCUUUGCGUUUCUAAAAGUAUCCAAUCGCAAUGUCCAGGAACUUUAAUUACAGAUUUGAAUCAGAAAAGUUGUACUGAUAGGGCUACCAACGAGACCGCAUAUUAUUUGGAUAGGACUAAGUGUAUUCCUAAAUGCAGUAUUUAUCCAACAGAUGUUCAAGAUGGUAGCUGUGCGACUGAUCCGAAUGGGUGCAUAUCCGGAUACGUUUGCGAAAGUAGAUGUGGACCGCCGUCUCAAUAUAGAGACACCGUUUGCGAAACAGAUGCCGACUGUAAGGUUCGAAAUCCAAGAGCAAGUUGCAGUAAGUAUUGUGUAUUGCCUGUAGUACAGGAAUAUGUCCCUGAAGUUCCCUGUAUGGCCUACCACGCCAAUCUUCCAGACUAUAAGACCAAAUGGUGGACUGCUAAAAAAUUUAAGCCUGUAUGUGACGACGAUGGAAAAUGGGCACCUAAACAAUGUAAAGGUGGAUUACAGGGCAGAUGUAUGUGCUACAGUGCUGACGGUCAUCGAUUGUUUGGACAAGCGCUUUUUGCUGAUUCAGCUAACAUGACAUGUGCUUGCAGCAGAAAAAUAUCCGAUCUAGAAUCUUCCGGGCGUAAUUAUUUGUCAUUGCAUUGCGACAGUAUGGGUAACUUUGAAAAACUACAGUGCGACAUAGAAAAAGAAAUUUGCUGGUGUGUGGAACCGUUUACCGGAGACCUAACGGCGCCUGUGGUACCUUAUGCAGCGAUGAAGAAGCUACCUUGCUAUGCCGAAAGUGACAUUGGAUCGCAAUACCUCAGACAAUGCGAAAGUAAAAAGUACGCCAGCACAAUGGUUACAGUUAAACUAAAAGCUCAUGGGGUGAAAAUUGUGGAAUCGGAUUCACUUUUAUGUGACAAUGAUGGUAGUUAUGGAGCGUACUCGGUCACUUCUGGAAUUGCGUAUUGCACUUGGCGAAACAACACCAAAAUUGGAACUUGGCAAACAAACCUGUCUGGCAUGAAGGGUACAUUGACUUGCAAUUGUGCAAGAGACUUUUACAUGUAUGGACCCUCGCAAGAUUGUGAAGGAAGUGGAAACUAUGUCUUAUUACAAAACUACGUAGAUGAGAAUAAAAAACGAUGGUACUAUUGCGUGGGUGAGGAUGGCUUUGCCAAAACGGACUUAUUGGAAGAUUCGACUACAAAUUGUACACUCUAUUAUUAAUAUGAUUAAAAUUUAACAGAACAAUAA